AUGGUAACGCUGCAGAAGAGUCUAUGGAGGAUUUCCUUUUUGUUGAGUUUGAUUGUGGAGCUGAGUUGGAUUCACAGUGGAUACAGCAUGCACCGGGAGGCAGGGAGUAAGGUGCUGAGGCAGUGGGAGCGGCGGGUGCGUGCGGCCUCCAGUCUGGACGAGCUGCUACGAUUGGCCGAUUUCCCCGACUGGAAACUGUGGAAGUGUCGCCUUAAACUGCAGAGACCAGAGACCCAGACAGAGCCCCCGUCCCCCCACAGCUCAGGGUCUCACCGCUCCACACGAUACGCAGCUCAGUCCUACAGCCUGGAGAUACUCAAAGCCGUGGAUGAGGAGUGGCAGAGGACUCAGUGCAUGCCCAGAGAGACGUGUGUGGACGUGGCCAAAGAGCUCGGCACAGAACCCUCUGUGUUCUUCAAACCUCCGUGUGUCUCCAUACACAGGUGCAGUGGCUGUUGUAACCAGGAGGGAGUCACAUGCAGAAACAUCACCACUGUCUAUGUCAACAAAACUGUUUUGAGCGUGAUCCCAUUCAAGUUUGUCCCUGAGCCAAUCUUAAUCAAAGUGGCCAAUCACACAGAGUGCAGGUGUCUGGAGCCCGCCAUCAUCCGCCGUAAUGCCCAGCCUGACGGUGGCACCAGCUGUUCCCCCGUGGAGCCUCAGGACUCAAAGCACCUCUGUGCCAGUGGUCUGAUCUGGGACUGUUCAACGGACAGAUGCAUCCCGUACCCGUCCUCCUCUCCAGGCUUCUCUGUGAGUUCGUGGCUGCCGGACUGUGAGAUUGACGUAGACAGAUGUGAGUGCGUCCAGAGACCAGAGCCGACGAACCAUCCCAAAGCAGACCCCCGCUGCCCUCUGAACGCCUCCUCCUGUGCCCACAAGUACCAGCGCUUUGACCCUCUGACCUGCAGGUGA